AUGUCCGUUAAAGUCGAGCCCCAAACUGUGUCGCUCACGUUGACCAAUGCUGAAAUAGGACCCACGUUGCCUGCUUCGGACCCAUCCGAAUGCUCCGAGAAAGUCAAAGAAGAAGAAACUUCAAACUACCUCAAGGACAUUUCGCCAGAAAGUGACUCUUCUAGCGUGGCAAUUGAGCAGGCGUGCGACUCGUGCCGCAAGCGCAAGUUGAAGUGCUCCAAAGAGUACCCGAAAUGUUCAAAGUGCAAACAGCACAAUUGGUGCUGCUCGUAUCUGCCCAAGACGGUGAGGUCUCCUCUCACGAGGCGACACUUGACCGAGGUGGAAAACAAGUUGGAGCUUGCCACGAAGAUGUUACGCAUUAUUUUACCCUCAGACGUUGAUCUAGACAAGCUCAUGGACAGCAAGGACUACGCUGCUCAAUUGCGCAGCAUAAAGGAGAGACUGGGUGCUGGAGUGUCAGCAACACGGUCAGCGCCAGCGUCUGUGUCAGAGUCAGCGGAGCAGUCGGCGCCAGAGUCAAUAGCUCCAUCAGCGGCGCAGUCACCGUCCAAUUCCGUAUUUUCCAACGAUGGGUCGACGUCCACUCAUCAAGUCGAGGAUACCGAUUUCACCUACGACAAGGAAAAAAUCAAGCGGGAAAUCAUUGACGAUUUCACGUUGAACAAUAUCCCCACGUACCCCAGGCCCACACAAAGGCAUCAGUCGGAAUUCGUGGCACCCAACGCCAUCAAGCAGCUUGGUAGCUUGUCCCUGUCAGAUACAACACAGACACACUCGCUAACCAGCCCUUCGUCUUUGUUGUCGCUCAACUCGUAUGGCCAGUACGACUACGAAGACGAUGUCAGCACGUUUUCGGAACCCUGCUUCAAGAAACAAAAACUAUUGGAGGGACCAUUAUCACCAGAGUACACUUCCAUAUUUAACGAAGUCAUCAGCGAUGACUUCUGA